GGUUUGGGCUAACCAUCCAAGAUGGCGUCGCUUGUGGGACUGCGUGCAUGUUUCUCCGCUCUUCAGCUGUCUUCGCCGAGCCUCCUGCACAGCUCCUUCAAAUUGGGAGCUGUGCCCCUGAGUCGGCGAACCUUUGUUGCAGAGGCUAAGAAGACAUACACCAGAGAAAAACCUCACGUCAACAUUGGAACAAUCGGCCACGUUGAUCACGGCAAGACAACCCUGACUGCUGCCAUCACAAAAGUGCUGGCUGAGGCUGGUGGUGGGAACUAUAAAAAGUAUGAAGAGAUUGACAAUGCCCCUGAGGAGAAGGCAAGAGGAAUCACCAUCAACGCCUCUCAUGUAGAAUACACCACAGCCAACAGACAUUAUGCUCACACAGACUGUCCUGGGCAUGCCGACUAUGUCAAGAACAUGAUUACUGGCACAUCUCAGAUGGACGGCUGCAUCCUGGUGGUGGCGGCCACUGACGGCCAGAUGCCUCAGACACGAGAGCAUCUCCUGUUGGCAAAGCAGAUAGGAGUCGAGCAUGUGGUGGUUUUCAUCAACAAGGCCGACGUCGUGGAGGACAAGGAGAUGGUGGAGCUGGUGGAGAUCGAGAUCCGCGAGCUGCUCACAGAGUUUGGCUAUGAUGGCGAGAACACGCCUGUUGUGAUCGGCUCAGCCCUCUGCGCCCUGGAGAACAGACAGCCUGAACUUGGUGUAAAUGCAGUGAUGAAACUGCUGGAUAUUAUAGAUUCUUAUAUUCCUCUCCCCAAAAGAGAGCUUGAAAAACCUUUUCUUCUGCCCAUCGAAGGUGUUUAUUCAAUCCCAGGCAGAGGUACUGUGGUGUCCGGCACUGUGGAGAGGGGUAUCAUCAAGAAAGGAGACGACUGUGAGUUUGUGGGCCACAAUCGCAACUUCAAGUCAGUGGUUACAGGUAUUGAGAUGUUUCACAAGUCUCUGGAUCGGGCCGAGGCUGGAGAUAACCUGGGCGCUCUGGUCCGAGGACUGAAGCGAGAGGACUUAAGGAGAGGGAUGGUGAUGUGCAAACCAGGAGCCAUCCAGCCAUACCAGAAAAUCCAGGCCCAGGUGUAUAUUCUGAGUAAGGAGGAGGGAGGCAGACAUAAACCGUUUGUCACCAACUUCAUGCCCAUCAUGUUCUCUCUCACCUGGGACAUGGCCUGCAGAGUCACUCUGCCCGAUGACAAGGAAAUGGUAAUGCCAGGCGAGGACACCUCCUUGACGCUCUCGCUCCGCCAACCAAUGGUUCUGGAAAAAGGCCAGAGGUUCACCCUGAGAGACGGAAACAGGACCAUCGGCACCGGCCUGGUCACAGAAAUCCUUGCGGCUAAAGAUGAAGACCAGGUCAAAUGGGGCUGAAGGGAAACUCUGCAGACCACUGGGGAGGGGGGGGGGGGGUUAGGAUAUCUGAUCGGUUUCUGGUCAAAUCAAAUAAUUCUAGAAAUAUACAAAUAAAGUACAUACACCCAUGCACGACCCUCAAACAAGAAAAGACUAAAAGGAAUUUGUGGCUCUGUUGUGCAGGUUCACCCAACCAAAAUACCUGACGUGGUAAGCUCUGUCGUUAUGUCAAAAUACCAGACUGUCAGAAUUAUGCCAUUUAUGUAAUAAAAUGUAUUUAAUAAUUGAA